UGGAAGUUGAAGGAAGGUAUCAGUUAUCACGUUGUAGCCUUAAGGUCGCCAAAUGGCAUUUCAAUUUCAUCAUUUGAGUUUGAGGUUACCAACAACAACUAGCUGUAUUUCUUCAAAAACCCAGUUCGGUUAUGCCUUGAAACCCAAGAAUUUAACAUUUGGUAAACCCAAGAGGCUCUUCUUCUCGGUUCGUGCAAUGGGUUCCUCUGCUUCUUCUCCAGACAGCAGCACUUCUCAAGAGACUGGUGACUAUAAAUCUAUAAGUAAUGACGAAUGGAAAAAUCGGCUUACGAAGGAACAGUUUUACAUUACUCGUCAAAAGGGAACAGAGAGGGCGUUCACUGGGGAAUACUGGAAUACCAAAACUCCCGGAACUUACCAUUGCAUAUGUUGUGACACCCCUCUUUUUGAAUCAUCUACUAAAUUUGACAGUGGAACUGGUUGGCCAUCUUAUUACCAGCCGAUUGGAGAUAACGUGAAGUCCAAGUUAGACUUGUCCAUUAUCAUCAUGCCUCGCCAGGAAGUUCUUUGUGCCGUUUGUGAUGCUCAUCUUGGCCAUGUCUUCGAUGAUGGUCCACCACCAACAGGAAAGCGCUACUGUAUUAACAGUGCUUCCCUGAAACUACAACCAAAGCAGGAGUCAGCCUUACAUUAAAAUCUUGCAGAAAAGCGACUCUUCUAUGCUUGCCACCGUAUCAUAUAUAGUGCUAGUCAGUAGCUGCAGAAGUGGACGUGACCUCACAAAUUGAAUCAUGCUACGAGAUUAUGAGAUAAAGUUAUGUUCACGAGAUAAAAUAACUGAUAUCCAUGUUCAUGAAAUAGCUACUAUGAGUUCGUAAUGUUAAAUCUUUGUAUAGAUGGGCAUUGUAAUAUGCAUCUUUUUAUACAAAGGGAAAUUAUAUUUGUAUUUUCUACUUAA